AUGCUAUCCACAGCUGCUGCAUCGCCCCGGUCGUGGUCGCCCUCGCUCUCCCUGUCGCUCUUGCUGCUGGCAGCUCUGCAGCUGGUCACGUCGCCAGUCACCAACGCCCUGCUCCAUGAGCAGGUCGCCUUCGACAACUCAGAUGUCUGCUGGUGGAGCUUGAUCCCUCCGGACCUCGUCUGUCCCGUCCUCAGGCAGCAGAACCUCACCGACAUUGUCAAUAGCCUCGCCGGGCCCCCGCGAUGGACUGGUGGUGACGAGUGUGUCGGCAAAUACUGCCUCUACAACAGCGCGCGGUUCGCCGGCGGCAGAGGCCUCGCUGCCAUCACCACCGCCGAGAACAUCGCCAAGGUCAAGGAGGUCGGGGACCUGCUGUACCAAUACGAGGUCUCGUUUAACAACGAUGACGAGAACCUGCCUUUCCAUGUAGCGGAGGUCGAGGGCAAGGGGAACGGCGUUGUCGCCAACCACCGUCUCGCCCGCGGCGACCCCAUCAUGGCUCACACCCCUGUCCUUCUCAUCCAUCAGGCCUUCAAGGAGGAGCCCGACCAGGACAAGCAACACCAACUGCUAGACCUGGCUCUGAAAUCACUGCCUGAUCACAGCGCGGACCUGUUCAUGGGCCAGAUGGCCCACAACCCCGACGAGCAUCCCGUCGCAGCCCGUCUCACAACCAAUGCCUUCCGACUGGACCUGGGAGGGGACGACGGCCAGCACUACGGUGCUUUCCCCGAGGUGGGCAAGACAAAUCACGACUGUCGGCCUAAUGCUGCAUACUAUGUCGACCAGUCAACGCUGAUGCAUAUCACCACCGCGGUCCGCCCCAUUAAGGCAGGCGAGGAGAUCUCCAUCACGUAUCUGGACCCUCUUUCCCCGCGAGCCGACAGGCAGGAGCGUGCCCAGUCCCACUGGGGCUUCGGAUGCACCUGUUCUCACUGCAGUGCCGCCGCUGACGAUGUUGCCGAGUCGGAUAAGCGCCUAAAGGAGCUCAAGUGGAUCGAGGGGCAACUCCAGGACCUGAACAACACCUCCAACGAUGUCUCCGUGGGGCUCAUCACCUACCUGCUGAAGCUGUACGAGGAUGAGCGACUCCACUGCCGCAUCGCCAAUGCGUACAUCCUUGCGGCCCUGAAUUUUAACGUGCUGGGGUUUGACCAACGCGCUGCCAAGUAUGCCUCCUUGGCCAUCGAUGCCUUGAAAAUUGAGAAGGGCGAGGGUUCAUCGCAUGUCGAGUCCAUGGAGGAGCUGAAGAGGGACCCAAAGGGACAUCCGACUUUCAAAGGCAGAGGUAAGAAGGGUGGGAAAUGA